AUGGAUAGACUAGAUCCAUUUCGAGAGAAUGAUCCAAGGAAUUUACUUGAAUUAGCAAAGAAAUUGAAUCUGAGGAAAUUCUUUGAGAUCUUUCUCAGCGAAACUCAAUUUCGAAUAAUAGAGUAUAUACUAUCGUUGAAUAAUGUUGAAAUAUGGAGUCAGUUUCUAGAAGGCAAUUGCUAUAUUCGAUACGAGAAAUUGGACAAGAUAGAAAAACCGAUAUUGGAUGAGGUCGUGGAGGAAGGAGGAGACGCUGGAGGAGACGCUGGAGACGGUGAACUAGAUGUUAAAGAUGAUGAUGAUGAUGUUGUUGUCGAAUCGACUACCAAACCCGUGGAUGAAGAGAAAUUACGUGAAAUCGAAGAACAUCCAGAGCUAACUUUUGAACAAGGUAUUAAUAUGAGUAAGAAAUUGGCUCUACAUAUACGAUAUUUACUAUGGGAAAAGGCUAUAGAUUUUUACUAUGAAACAAUGGAAUUGGAUAAAAGUGAUUGUACUUUUGAAGAAGUUAGCGACGAUUAUGAAUUGAUGGAUUCUAUCAAGUUCAUCGAUGAUCAGCAAAAGGAGGAGAAAACGGAAACAGUAACAAUUGAAAAUCCGAGAGUACGAGAGUUGGAAGAUGAAUAUGACGAUGAAGAAGAAGAGGAGGAAGAAGAAGAAGAAGAAGAAGAAGAAAAAUCAAAAGAGAAGGAGGGAAAGGAAAACAAUGAGGUAGCAUCAAAGUGCGAUGAUGCUCUGCUGAGAGAUGACACCAAUAAUCUACUACAGUACAAUGAAAAUAACCAAUUGGUCUUGAAUGUUCCUGUGUCCAUAUUCGAUACAGCUGCUACCCUCGAGAAAGAUAAAGAUGCAAGCACGGUGGAGGCUAGUAAAGAGAAGAUAAAUGACCAAGAUAAACUUAUCAAAGAAUUUAACAAAGUCUAUCACAACUUUGAGUACGAUAGAGAGACGCUAAUUAAAAGACGUAAAUUGGAGCAAUCGGACCUUCAGCUUGAGAAAAAAAAUGAUGCAGAAACUAGACCAUCUCAUCAGAUGAAUAUAUCCUUUGGUUUGUCGUCAACGUCUCUUCAACAAUUGCUUUCCGUUAUUCUGUCCAAACGGGAUAAGAUUGCAUUAAAUGAUCACGAACUACGAGCCUUAUUUAUGGAUGUUAGAAAGAACCGAGGGAAAUGGGCUAACGAUGAUAGAGUAGGACAAGAAGAAUUAUACGAAUCUUGUGAGAAAGUUGUUACCGAGUUGAGGAACUAUACCGAACACUCAACGUUUUUUCUCAACAAAGUGUCAAAACGAGAGGCACCCAACUAUGGAUUAAUAAUUAAAAAGCCAAUGGAUUUAAACACCGUUAUGAAAAAGCUAAAGAAUUUAGCUUACAACUCUAAGCAGGAAUUUGUAGAUGAUUUGAUGUUGAUUUGGAGCAAUUGUUUAACUUAUAAUGCUGAUCCUAAACAUUUCAUUAGAGCACAUGCAAUUUCGAUGCAGAAAAAGACUUUAAAGUUAACACCUUCUAUACCUGAUAUAACGAUAAAAAAUCGAGCAGAUGUGGAAAAAGAAGAGGAAGCCGAAGCAGGAAAGAAAGAAGAUGAAGAGGAGGAGGAGGAGGCUACAGCAGGUAAGAAAGCUUCUAAAAAGGGGCGCAAACGAACGCGAAAAGAUGAGGCAAGGAAAGAGGAAGAUGGGAGAAAUGGAACAGCGCCAGCUGGAACACCAACCCAAUUCAACGACACAACAGUUGUGGAAGAGAAACAACAGAAUGGUAAUAGUAUUCAUAAUGAGGACGAGGAAGAAGAAGAAGAGGAUGAAAACAUGAUAGUUGCUGCACCAUCAACCGAGAACGAAGAAGAAGAAGAGGAAGAAGAGGAAGAAGAUGAAUUUGAUCCCGAAUUGCAAGCAUGGAGAACAAUGACAUCAAAGUCAAGAGCAAACUAUUGUGAACAAAGGUCAGACUUGUUUGGCAAAAACUGUUGCUUGCUUUCGGAUGCACCUGCAAUGAUUCGAAAAUCCGAUGAAAUGGCACACUUCAAUCAGUACUUAUUUAACAAAGAAGUCAUUUCAAAAUCAAGUAGUUUGUUAGAUAACGAUGAACCUUAUUUGUUGGAAUAUGACGUUACUGGAGGAAUACCUGGGUUCGAAUAUCAUGGUGUAACUAAAGAGCAAGAAGAGAUUUCCGAAAAUAAAUUAGUAGAUUUGUACUUGCAACAGACUGGGGGUGAUGCAUCAAAGAUUGAAUCACAAUUCGUCACAACGAAGGACUCAGGGUUGAACAAAUUGUAUUAUGAGAACAUCACGGAAAUGCAAGAAAUUCGUAAGAUUUGCUUCAAGAUUUCUUUAAUACGACAAAUGCAGACUCAACAGUUUGUGCAUCACACACAGAUGAAACAGCCAGAAAUUGAAACUCUUCGAGAAGUUGAUGUUGAUGCUAUUUCGAAAUUGCCCAACCACGAUCCCAAUACUCAUGAUAUCCAAUAUGCAGUGUUGCGUCGAAAUGUGAGCAAAAUUGCAAUGCAAACAGGGUUUGAAACUACUGAAUCACCAGCAAUCAAUACAUUAGCUCAAAUUGCCGAGAGAUACAUUGGGAAUAUUGCCAAGUCAAUGAAAUUGCACUGUGAAACAAAUUCGCGCAAUAAACUACUUCCACGAGAGAUUCUCUUGUUGUCCCUUUUGGAGAAUGGUGUCGAUAAACCAGAUGAUUUAUACACAUUUGUUCAAGAAAGAAUCAAGAAACAACAUAUUAAACUUUGCGACUUAAAAAUGAAACUAUCAAACUUUCUCAAGGACUUGUUGCGACCCGGUUUGGAAAACUUUAAUGAAAAGAGUUUUGCUGAUAAUAGUGAGCAGUUUAUGACUGGUGAUUUUUCCAAUGACUUGGGUGAUGAUUUCUUUGGGUUUAAGGAAUUGGGAUUGGACAAAGAGUAUAACAUGUUGACAUCAUCGAUACCUAUACACUUGUUGCAUUCACGAUUACACAAUCAGUUUAGCUCCACCGGUGGUGCUAACAAAAGAAACAAGUAUGAGGAUCUUCAAGAGUAUGAACCAGAAAAACUUCAUGCCAGCGAUGUUGAUAAACAAAUUGGAUUAUUGCGUCCUUUCUAUACCAAACUUAAUGAAAGAUCAAAGCAACAUUAUAUCAAAUUACAGAAAAAGAAAGGAGAGAGUUUGGAUUUGCCAGACGAUUCCGUGUUUGCAUUAACCGAAGAUGAGGAAUUACCACAGAAGCAAAGAAAUGUGAGACCGAAGUUACCUCCUACGGGUAAGAUCACUGCUAUCAAGAAAAAGAUUAUCGCCAAUUCAUUCUUUUUGAAUGAAGAGCCAGAGGUUAGUAGCAAAGAGGAGCUCCCGGUAGUGGUGAAGAUAGAAAAUGAAAAAAAGAGAAACGAUAGGGAGAAAAAAGAAACUGGCAAGGUUAAAGACAAUAAAGAAGAUAAAAGCAAGCAAGGCAAGGAUUUGAAUCAAAAGGAAGAAAAGGAUGUUUUUAAGGAAAAUGAGACAAACGUUGGAAAGGAAGAAAAAGACGGAAAAGAUGGAAAAGAUGGAAAAGGGGCGGAAGAAGAGAGAACGAAGAAACAAGGUGACACACAACAAGUUCAGGAAGUUCCUAAUAACGCAUUAGAUACGGUUGAUUUGCAAACCCCUAUCAAAGAAAAGGAAGAGCUCCAAAUGGAAGUGGAUGAAUAA